AUGAAGAAGUCGACAGUGGUUGAUUCUGCAACUGGAGGGAGUAAAGAUAGCAGUAUGCCUAGGGAGAAGAUUACCGCGGAACUUAAGUUAUGUUCAGCGAGAAUUAUCAAGUUUAUUUCAAUUGGCAGCAAGGGUUCCACUAGGAGUAUUAGCUUACAACGUACUGGCACCAGCAUGCUUCCGACCUUGUCAUGGACCACAGACCUGGCUCUGUGUCUGCCAUUUUCCCAACAAGAAAACGGAGAGGGCCUUCAAGUUCUCCACUAUGAGGUUGGACAGAAAUAUGAACCUCACUUUGAUUACUUCCAUGAUGAUUUCAACACCAAAAAUGGGGGCCAGCGUAUAGCCACUGUUCUUAUGUAUCUUUCGGAUGUUGAAGAGGGCGGUGAGACCGUGUUUCCUUCUGCUAAAGUUAAUAGCAGCUCAAUACCAUUUCAUAAUGAGCUGUCUGAAUGUGCAAAGCGGGGUAUAUCUGUCAAACCGAAGAUGGGAGAUGCAUUGCUUUUCUGGAGCAUGAGGCCUGAUGGAACCCUGGAUCCCACAAGCCUCCAUGGUCAUGCACCAGUUACUAAAUAUGUGGACGUUACAGCACAUGAUGAGGUCUCCAGUUUUCCAUAG